AUGACUCGCUCGAACCAUACGCGGACGAGCCUUUUAGUGACGAAGAAUGGCUCGAAAACUACAGGCGAGAGCAGGCAUAAAAUGAAGAAUUGGACAAAGCUGACGAAGCGUCUUAAUAACAGCGUGUCUGUUGGUGACUGGUAAGUUGAUCUUACAUACAAGCACUUGCAGUUGCCUUGAAUGUUUGCAUGUCUAAGUCGAAUACAUUGUGGAAAUAAUCAGCAUUUUGUGUAACUUUCUUAACGUUUUGUUUCAAACAUAGGUGUACUUGUGGAAAAUGUGAGCACGAAUUGCUUACGAAUAUAAGCGAAUGUUAUUGUUGUAAAGAACUUGAAGGAUGUGUCGAGUCCCUGUCAAGUAAACUUGUUCUGGAAGAUCUUGAGAAGGGCCAAGAGUCAUGCUGUGUAACAGAACAUCCCGGUUUCAGGCCAGUCUGCCUAGAAAAAUGGAGUCUGCGGUUGGCAGGUGGGAAAUACCGAACAAAAGCAAGAGAAUACUACAAGAAGACUGGAUCAGAAGGAAGGUGAAACUGAUUUCUCAAAAAUAACUUUAACUUGAUUGUAUAGUUAUGAAGUAUUUUUCAAUUUGUUCAAUAUCAAUUGUUCAAGUUUCAAAGUUUGGAAAAUAUUCACAUUUGCCAAUAUUACAACUUGUUCCUUUUUUGGUUUGAGGACAACAUUCCCCUAUACACAAGAGAUUUCUGAAAAAUACCACCAAUAAUGAAGAUUACUCGUCUUCUUUCUCUUUCAUGAAUUACAAAGGGAUCCUGCUACUCUAUAACUCUUGAUUUGGUUCUUUGUAAAUUAUAUUCGUAUUGGGGUAUUAUUUUAUUGUCUUUUUUAGAUAUCUCAGAUCGAUUGCUUACAGGGAGUUUACCAGACUUGUUCAUGGACACUUGGGAAAAACAAGGAUCCCUCUUCCUGCCUGUGUGUACACUGCAAUUCGGAAAGCAUUCCCCAACGUAGAGGAUGAACCACUAACAGGAUUUCAGUUAGAUGAAGAUUAG